CGUACUACGUAUGCGCAAGCAAAAGAGCAAAAGUGCAUUGUGGCUCCUGAGCUUCUUGUGAACUGGCCGAACUGUUAAACGACGACUUCCUACUCACUUACCAGAAGCAACGGAUGCAAGAGCUGAUGCACCAGGCCAAUCUGAAGAAGAAAUUCGGGCAAAUAGUGUUCUUGGGAACGGGUCAAGAGUUCUUGGACUCAAUAGACAAAGAAGACAAAACAGUGACGAUUAUCGUUCACGUCUACUACGAGGACCACGUGGAACCCUGCAGGAUCCUCAACGAAUGCCUCAAAAAACUCUCGAAAAUUUACGAGACGGUGAAGUUCGGGGCCAUAAUCGCCUCCACAGCUGGAGUGAGUAAAAAGUUCAAAUCCGACCGGGUGCCCGCGUCAACUUGUUGCCUUGAGAACUUUGUGCGUCUCACUGAUGAUCUGGGGGAGAGGUUCGAAGUGGAGGACGUACAGAACUUUCUAGUCGAACACCGACUUUUGGAGGACAAAAGUUUAACCCCUGCAUUGGUCAAGAGUUCGGCUGCGGAUGAGUCCGACGAUAGCGAUUGAAGGUUUUCUUUGGCGUCGUUAUAUUAGGCUCAGUUUUGAUCAACUUGUUGGGUCUCAUAUAUGGCGUAGAUUCGAGCUUCUAAAUGUGAUGAACUAACACUAAUCUGGACUGCACGGUUCUCCGUUUUAUUUCACUUUCAGUAUUAUUAGGUAGGUUAUUUUUCAUGACUAUCGUCACUGCCUUCAAGAGUAAUGAUUUUUUAUGAUAUUUCUUCAAUAAUAAUAACCUAAACGUGCAAUAUUUAGGUCUGUCUUGUACCUGGUAUAGUACUAUUCGAAAUGUAUACCCCUGUAUAUAGGGAUAAGUUAGACAACCUUUCUUAGAUUUAAGUAACGGAAGAGGCUACUUACUGUGUCUUUUGUCUCCUAAUACAUGAAAAAGACUGUCCAAGCUUAGCGUCUCUAAAUGUCAAUCUUUUGUAAAUCUAUCUCUAUAAGUAAAUAAAUGAAGGAAAAAGAGGGUGAAUUGUUUUAUUUGAUCCUACAUCUUUUUCAGAAUUUCUGUAGUGGGUUGUAACUAAGAAACUAUUGGCCCCACAAAAAAUGGUUAAAAUAUGAAAUCGUUUAUUAGGAAACUGGUCUGCUUUGAGCGAAAACUCUUCUUAAAGGCAUGAAAACUUUAAAUAAAACACCCAAAAAGUACUCAAAAAUUGCCCACAGAUUGUGCAAUGAAGUACCUUAAUGAUUUCUGUCAAGGGAGGCACAACUGGUAAAGAUUUUUUAGCUUCUAUAUAUUGCAUGGAAUCUUUUGAAUUAUCGAAUUUGAAAGAUCUUUCUACUACAAUUGAGAAAUCAAUAAAAUCCUUAUAGAAGAAGAGGUACUAUUAAAGGUGCCUGCACUCAAAGAUCAGUGAAUAUUUUGGCUUCUAGGGCUCAAAAUCAUGUGUUUAAUGAAUUGGAAGGUGCUUUGAAGCUCCCUUAGACUAAGAUUGAAGAAAUCAUCCAAAUCCUUACAAUAUGAGACCAGAUAUUAGGGUUUUUGUGCAAGGAGAGCCUGGAAUAUUGAAAGUUUUUUUUAUAGGAGUUCCUGUGGUCAUAGAUCAGUAAAAGAUCAUUAAAAAUUAUCGUUCUUUAAAAAAUGUUCUUUGUAUUUGGCUUUAAAUAACAGUUUUUAAUUCAUAUUUCUAUCUUUAAUAGUAAAAAAGUUAUUAAAAUUCUUAGAAACUAUUCCAGGCAUAAAAACGACAAAAAUUUGCUGUAUAUUAAUUAAAUAUCAAUGAUGUAUUCAGAGAGUAUCCUACAAGUAGCAUUGUCGCUAUCACAAGAGACAAAAACCAAUAAACGUAAUAGAAAAAAAAACUAAAUAAAGUACAGAAACAUUAAAGAAAUUAAAGAAACGCAUUCAGAAACCUGACAACUUUGAGGAAAACCGUUAAUAAAUUUGAAAAUAAGUCUCAUAAAGUGACGCUUUUGAUUGCUUUGGAGACUUUAUGGCCUAGAGAGUUAUGUCGAUGCCUAUCAAUAAAAGUAAGACAAGCCUGAACACACUGAAAGUUACUGCAACUAAACAAAAACAAAUGUAAAGAAAAAAACUAAAUAAAUUAAAGAGAUGCAUAGAGAAAUUUAACAAGUCUUAAGAAAAAACGUAAUGUUACGUUACAUAAGUAAAUUUCGCAUACAAUAUUACUAUUUGAUUUUCGAUAAUUUAAUAAUUAAUAUAAUUAGUCUAAACAAAUUAUUUUAUCUCAUGUUGUAUGCAUAACAUAUAAUUUGCAAGUUUAUUAAAAAAAAAAAAAUCUCCCAAUUAACGAUUUGUUUAUAUGAACUGAAAUGGAAAAGUAGUUCACGCGAUUAUUCACGGAUUUCUUUCCAAGAAAUCUCAAUUUUAUGACAAUCGAAUCGAACGUUAUGGCGUUUCGACUUAAAAAGUCGUUUCCUGGGAAUUUUUUUAUUGUAAAACCAAAUAUUAGUGUUAUCAGAGAAUAUGAUGGCGUUUAUUGAAGCGGUCCCAGCUGUAGCCAACCUAUUUUUUUCCAGUUUAAAUUAUUACAC